CAAGCAAGGCGCUCUUUCAUAUUCACCACAAACAGACAUGUCAGGAGGCACGUCGUUGCAAAAAGAUCGUAACCUAAUUGCUGUCAUAGGUGACGAGGAUUCAGUCACCGGAUUGCUUCUUGCCGGAAUUGGCCACACCAAUCAGCAACAAAAGAAGAACUUCCUUGUCGUAGAUGCUAAAACCGCCCUUUCGACCAUCGAAACAGCAUUCCAAGAAUUCACAAGUCGAAAAGACAUUGCUAUUAUUUUGAUAAACCAGCACGUCGCAGAAGAUAUCCGCGAGCUGAUUGAUGGACACAAUCAAGCCUUCCCCACCGUUCUAGAAAUACCAUCCAAAGAUCACCCAUAUGAUCCUGAGAAGGAUAGCGUGCUGAAGCGAGUGCGAAGAUUGUUUGGCGAAUAAUCGCUUGACUGUAGAAUUACAAUAAAAAUCGUUGU